UUGUCGCUAGCCGUGUGUUUGAGAGGGUUUGUUUGGAAUAACCGGCCAACCUCGUCUAUAUUUUACUUUUAAUUUUAAAAGAUGUCUAAAAGACAUCGCUUGGAUCUAGGCGAUGAUUAUUCGUCGAGUAAGAAAAGAACCUCCUCCGAUGGAAAGGAGAGAGACCGAGAUCGUGACGAACGUUCGAAGGACCGAGGACCGAGGGACCCCAUGACCGGGAUCGAGCCUGGCGACAGCCCGCAGUUCUGGGGCGCCGAUGACCCUGGGCCUGGGUCUGGUGGGGGGGGUUCCAAUGGGGGCGGCGUGGGUCUGAUGCCCCCCUUGAAGCAGACGGCCAUGCACCAGCAGAUCAACCCCUUCACCAGCCUGCCCCACACCCCCCGCUACUACGACAUCCUCAAGAAGCGCCUGCAGCUGCCCGUCUGGGAAUACAAGGAGCGCUUCGGCGACAUCCUCACCCGCCACCAGACCUUCGUACUGGUGGGAGAGACCGGCUCUGGCAAAACCACACAGAUCCCCCAGUGGUGUGUGGACAUGGUGCGGUCCCUGCCGGGCCCCAAGCGGGGCGUGGCGUGUACGCAGCCCAGGCGAGUGGCGGCCAUGAGUGUGGCUCAGCGUGUGGCCGACGAGAUGGACGUCAUGCUGGGACAGGAAGUGGGAUACUCCAUCCGAUUCGAAGACUGCAGCUCCGCCAAGACCAUUCUCAAGUACAUGACGGACGGUAUGCUGUUGAGAGAGGCGAUGAAUGACCCACUGCUGGAACGGUACGGCGUCAUCAUCCUGGACGAGGCUCACGAGAGAACACUUGCCACAGACAUCCUGAUGGGCGUCCUCAAGGAGGUGGUGAAGCAGCGCUCAGACCUGAAGAUUAUUGUGAUGAGUGCCACGCUGGAUGCGGGGAAGUUCCAGGUGUACUUUGACAGCUGUCCUCUGCUGACCAUCCCUGGACGCACACACCCCGUGGAGAUCUUCUACACGCCCGAGCCGGAGCGCGACUACCUGGAGGCGGCCAUCCGCACCGUCAUCCAGAUUCACAUGUGCGAGGAGGACGAGGGAGACGUGCUGCUCUUCCUCACAGGACAGGAGGAGAUAGACGAGGCGUGUAAGCGCAUUAAGCGUGAGGUGGAUGACCUGGGGCCGGAGGUGGGCGACAUUAAGAUCAUCCCCCUCUACUCUACGCUGCCCCCCCAGCAGCAGCACAGCACACACAAGCCCAACGGAGCCAUCACACACAAGGUGGUAGUGUCCACUAACAUAGCUGAGACGUCCCUGACCAUUGAUGGUGUGGUUUUUGUAAUCGACCCUGGCUUUGCCAAGCAAAAGGUGUAUAACCCCCGUAUCAGAGUGGAGUCUCUGCUGGUGACGGCCAUCAGUAAAGCUUCAGCACAGCAGAGGGCAGGCAGAGCUGGGAGAACGCGCCCAGGGAAGUGCUUUAGACUGUACACAGAGAAGGCCUACAAGACAGAGAUGCAGGACAACACGUACCCAGAGAUCCUGCGCUCCAAUCUGGGCUCCGUGGUGCUGCAGCUCAAGAAGCUGGGCAUCGAUGACCUGGUGCACUUCGACUUCAUGGACCCUCCCGCCCCUGAGACGCUGAUGCGUGCUCUGGAGCUGCUGAACUACCUGGCUGCGCUGAAUGAUGAUGGGGACCUGACUGAGCUGGGCUCCAUGAUGGCAGAGUUCCCGCUGGACCCCCAGUUGGCCAAGAUGGUCAUCGCCAGCUGCGAGUUCAACUGCUCUAACGAGAUAUUGUCCAUCACCGCCAUGCUGUCAGUCCCACAGUGCUUCGUCCGACCCACUGAGGCCAAGAAGGCAGCAGACGAGUCCAAGAUGCGCUUCGCUCACAUAGACGGGGACCACCUGACCCUCCUCAACGUCUACCACGCCUUCAAACAGAAUCACGAGGCGGUGCAGUGGUGCUAUGAUAACUUUGUUAACUACCGUUCUCUGAUGUCGGCGGAUAACGUGCGCCAGCAGCUCUCCCGCAUCAUGGACCGCUUCAACCUGCCGCGCCGCAGCACAGAGUUCACCAGCAGAGACUACUACAUCAACAUCAGACGCGCCCUCGUCACUGGCUUCUUCAUGCAGGUGGCGCACCUGGAGCGGACGGGUCACUACCUGACGGUGAAGGACAACCAGGUGGUGCAGCUGCAUCCCUCCACGGUGCUGGACCACAAGCCGGAGUGGGUCCUCUACAACGAGUUCGUGCUGACCACCAAGAACUACAUCCGCACCUGCACAGACAUCAAGCCAGAGUGGUUGGUGAAGAUCGCUCCCCAGUACUACGAGAUGGGCAACUUCCCUCAGUGUGAAGCCAAGAGACAGCUGGAGAGAAUCAUCGCCAAGCUUCAAACCAAGGAGUACUCCCAAUACUGAAUACACACACACACACACGCCCCUUCCCGGUGCACAUGGACUCUGGUCAGGUGUCGAUCUCGUCUGGCGAUGAGCGCCUGCUCUAAAACUGUACAUUGUCUGAAUCUGUUCAUUAGUUUGCAGCUUUUGUUUCCAUGGAUUUUUGUUUUUGUCUCAUGUUGUUAAAAUUUGAUUAUUUUUUAUAACUUCAGUUUGCCAUCCUGCUCUGCCUCAGUGCUUUUUGUCAGGUGAUAGCAUCUAGUGGGUCUGUUACCAUGGGAACAGGAUGGCAGGGGGCCGUGAUGCGACGCGACCUCUGCAUCAAGCAUGAGCACUCGUGUGGAUGUCGACAUUCCUUCUAGACCUCGAGACCUUUUCCUGAGCUGUAACUGAGUAGGACAUCCUCAUACUGGAAUGGGGCUUAGAUUCAAUAAAAAAAUGUCUAAACUGC